GCUGGGCUCGGCGGAGCUCGGCGGGGCUCGGGCCGGGUCGGGUCCGGUCCCCGCCAUGUGCUCCCGCCUGUGGUUCCUGACGGACCGGCGGAUCGGCGAGGAUUACCCGCAGCUGCAGAUCCUCCGCGCUCUCCGACAACGCUGCGCCGAGCAGAACGUGCAGUUCAGGGCCCUGCUCAUGGACCAGCUGGCCGUCACCGUGGUCGGCGGACACCUCGGGCUGCAGGUGAACCGGGAGGCUCUGACGACGUUCCCGGACGUCGUGCUGGUGCGCGUGGCCACGCCCUCGGUGCAGUCCGACAGCGACAUCACCGUGCUGAGGCACUUGGAGAAGUUAGGCUGCCGCUUGGUCAACCGGCCGCAGAGCAUCUUGAACUGCAUCAACAAGUUCUGGACGUUCCAGGAGCUAGCCGGGCAUGGAGUCCCUAUGCCAGACACCUUCUCCUACGGUGGUCACGAUGACUUCGCAAAAAUGAUCGAUGAAGCCGAGCCCCUGGGUUACCCUGUGGUGGUGAAGAGCACGCGAGGACACCGCGGAAAAGCCGUUUUCCUUGCGAGAGAUAAGCACCAUCUAUCCGACAUCUGCCAUCUGAUCCGCCACGAUGCACCCUACCUGUUCCAGAAGUACGUGAAGGAAUCCCACGGACGAGACAUCCGGGUGGUGGUGGUGGGAGGCCGCGUGAUUGGGUCCAUGCUCCGCUGCUCUACCGACGGGAGGAUGCAAAGCAACUGCUCUUUAGGGGGCGUAGGCGUCAUGUGUCCACUCACCGAGCAAGGCAAGCAGUUAGCCAUUCAGGUCUCCAACAUCUUGGGCAUGGACUUCUGCGGCAUCGAUCUCCUCAUCAUGGACGACGGCUCCUUCGUCGUGUGCGAGGCCAACGCCAACGUAGGUUUCGUCGCCUUCGACCAGGCGUGCAAUUUAGACGUCGGGGGGAUCAUCGCAGAUUACACCAUGUCCCUGCUUCCCGGCAGGCUGUCCAGAAAGCUGAGCCUCCUCUCCGAGGGGCCCGGCCCGGGGGAGACCGGGGAGGCCGAGGGGUCGGCGGCGGCCCAGGCCGUCCCCGAGAGCGCCUAUGCCACCAACGGGGGAUCGACCUCCAGCGAGAGCGACCCCGAGCUGGGAGAGGUCAGAGCCGCCGCCGCCAGGCCCGUCCGGCUCCCGGCGCUGCCGGACCCCAGCUAUAACAUUAACAACAUGGUGGCCUCCGAAUGACAGGUCGGGCCACUUCAGCUCGGCAACAGAAUCCCGCCGCUUCCUCGAUCGUUCGAAUAACGAACGCCAUCCGGACUCGUGUUUCCAUUUGCACAGAAGACAGGGAAUCCCACCCGGGCCCGCGUUCACUUUUUAGUAUUCUUCCAAGGGACGAGUUGGGGCAGAUUGCUCGGACGCGUGAUUGGGGCGGCGGCCGGGAAAGGGAAAGCCACGGAGAAUAACGAGCUAAACCCGACGACCGCCUCCGGGGACGCCAACCGCUCUCGGGGUCGGAGCCCCCUGCCUCGACCUGCCGAUUUUCGGCUCCGAAAACACAGUCUAGCACAGCACAGCACGGGGCCGCUCACAGAGGCGACUGCAGAGCGGCACGGAGCUCCCGAGCUGUGUUUCCUUGGGACGGGAGAAACAGAAGGGAAUUUUUAACAGGCCUUUGGGCCAGAGUUCUGGGGAACGCACUCUCCAGACACAGUUACGGAAAGACACUCGCCACUCCCCAUUCGUGAGCACUUUUGCUUCUUGGUGACUUGGGUUUUCUCUAAUACUCAGGAUUCGGUGCUGAAAAGUCACAAGGGUUACGCUCCCUAAUGAAAGCAGUCUGUGCAAGGUGGAAUCGGAUCCGCUUUUGGCUUUAUGAUUUCACUACAAGAAGUAGAUGCCUUUGGUUUGCAGGAAAGCAGAACCAUCUGUAGCGUGCAAAAAUGCCUCCGUCGCCUCCUCCCUUCCCCUUCCUCCAUCCACCUCACCUCUCUUCUCCCUCUCCUUCACUCAGAUCAUCUCCCUCACAAUAGUUUUAUCGGGACCCGAAAUUCACCUGAAUGUGCUUAAUUUUCAUCGGCCGUUCUGUGGAAAUGUACCUAAGUGGAUGGGGGAUGGGGAUUUUUGAGGUGUAAAUGCUGCUGUGUCCAUAAGGUUCUAACCUCUGGAGGCUGGAGUAGAAGGUGGGUGGAUCUUCCUGGGGAAAGAGGCCGGGUGAUGGAUUUUAUGAAGCCGUUUUCCCGUCGUUAAGGUAACCGUAAAAUACCACUGUAGCACUUUUCUCCCCCGGGGGUUUCAGGUUGGCGUUCUGCUUCGAAAGUCCCGUUUGCAGACCUGGGGGUCUGGAACUCAGUCCUGGGCCUGCGACCUCUCCUUGAGCGAAUCGGACCACGCUUCCGUGGGCCUUGAAUCCCAGAUUGAAAGUGAAUGCAGCUGCUCAUAUAAAAGACAUCUCCUGCAGUCUACCCCUUGGUGUCCCAACCCGAAAUAGCUCCAACAGCUGCUCGAAUAGAUGGGGGGGGGGGGGGUUGGGUCAAAAACUGACAUCAUUCCAACCUCUCGGUUGGGUCGAGGGACUGACCUCAUUCUUACCAACCGGGACCGGCUUGCCGCAGUUGGCCGGUUGGGUUCCCCGCGCUCGAAUCGACCAAAUCCCGACUGGUAAGGCCUCUUCUGGAGCUGCCUUCCCUCCUCUGGGCCUCCAGCGUCCAGUUUGGUGAGUUCCCGCUGUAUAGCGGAGUGGCUACCAGCCUGAUGGGACGCAGGAGGCAAACCAAGGACCCCCAGACGGGCCAGACCGGGGGAUGGUGGGUUUGGGCCCGGCCCGGCCUCCCCCCGUCUCAUUUCGGGGCCUCCGCCGACCACCAAGGCCACAGCCACGGUUCUUGGCCCUCCUGACUGCAAGGGCAGCGGCCUUGCCCUCUCCAAAAACACGGCCGGAGUCGAGGUCCAGCGGGGCCUACGGGCCACGUAGGAGAUCUGGUUAGGGCCAGGUGGAACUGGACCUACUGAGGACUUGGGCCUACGCGAGGCCUUAAGGAAAUAAGCCUUCACAGGAACCUGACCGCCAAGCCGGGAAGACUACCGUCCUGGGAAGAGACUGACUCGCCCUGUAAAACCAACCUCGAAGCCUGGAUGUAUAUAACUCCUUCGAUUCCCCCUUCGUCUUCACGGUGUAACACGCCUUUCAGAUGUUAUACGUUACCAUCUUUUACUUGACAGAUCAACUUGAAACUGGCGAAAACUUGAAUGAAAAUAGCGGAGUCACUGUGAC